CGCGUCGAACAACCCUGCCUCCCCUGCUGCCCUUCAAAUUCUACCAGCAAUGGCCGAGACUUGCAUAGUCUGCCUCGGCGAUCUCGUCCACCCAGACGAAGGUCCUCCCACCACUGAGCUGCCAUCCGCAACUGACGAGCUUCCGGAUGGGGUUGAUGCCAAUUCUGGUAACCCUGAUACGUUCACCACAACAGCUUCAGAACGACCAAAAGAUGAUGAGAUGGUUGCACACCUUCUGCCAUGCGGUCACAACUUACACAACGAAUGUCUCAAACCUUGGGUUGAGAGAGCUAAUAGCUGUCCGAUAUGCCGAGCCAGCUUCAACAUGGUCGAGCUCAGUGCGCGUGUAGGAGGUCCUAAACUAUCUGAAUAUGCUGUCAGGGACAAGCAGCAAGUCGCCGAUAUCGACCCUUCCAUGAUCGUCGACGAGGACUACGCACUUGAAGAUGACGGUAGCUAUGACGCAUGCAUGGUAUGUGAUGAGUUCGGCGAUGCGUCGCACCUCAUGUUCUGCCACAGCUGCGAGCAACUUUGCCACGUUUUCUGUGCUGGUCUUGACGAGAUGCCAACACGGGGCGCCUGGUAUUGUCAAGGCUGCAUGGAGAACCCGGCGCUUCUACAGGCGGCGACUCGCCGUCGUACCAAUCCCCGAGGUCCAGCAGCAUGGAUCAACGGGCGGAGCCGCGUGCCUCGACACAACCGCGCUCCUGAUGAAUGGGUUGGAGUGUGGCAGAGCGUCUGGAACCGACUCCAAUGGGACAUUGACUUCCCAUUCGAAGAUGAAGAGCAGUCAGAGAACCAGUCUGAGGUCCUCAGACGGGAGGCACACGAAUGGGAGCGACGCUUCGAGCUUGCUCGCCAAAUGGGUGCAGGAACUCGAUUUCGUGCUGCCGCCGACAACAUUCACUCGCGUCGUCGAGGCUCGAAUCGAUCCGCACGACCAACGAACCGCGCACUUCAUCGCGAACCACCUAAGACACCGCGCGAUCCUGAAUCCCAGGAGGAAAUAAGUGCAUGGAACCAGUUCGAGAAAGCGCGGAACCAACUCACGCGGCAGAUGGACGAUGUGCCACCGCCGCCGGAAAGCACUGCAAGCAGCCGGCGAGGACGCAAGCGAAAGUCCACCGCUUCAUCACCGGUUCACGAGGAGCACAACGAGCAGCAACCUGAGCGCAAGCUGAAGCGCCCCCGAACUCGUUUGCACAUCGACAAUGGAAGAGGAGAAUCGUCUGCCGCGGCAGCCCGUCGCAACACAGUCACCCACGAAGGCGGCCACGAGCCAGCCACAUCACCACCAGCGGGCGAGCCAUCAACGGCUCCCGGCUUUCUUGCUUCGCUGCUGCAGGAGGUCGAGGUCGAUCGGUUCGCGGAGCGCGACAAGGAGAUCGCCGCCCCACAGCCCAAGCGCAUCAUUGUGGAGCGGGCUUGCUCGCCCCAGCACUCGUCUCCCGGCCUUUCCCCGGUUUACCAGCAACCUCAUGCUGGCAUGACCACACCACCGCCUCUAAACCUCACACGCCCCCAGUCGCCUGUGGAACAAGACCAAGGUUCACCAACAUAUUCUCCGUACUCGCCGGCCGAUGACGAGCGCGUCGGUCGUCGCCGGCUGACGCAUCACACUGCUGGUCUCAGCAGCCCACCCCGAUCUAAGGACUCAUCACCCUCUCGACCACCGACGCUAUCCUACUCGACGAAAGCUGAACUUCAGCGUAUGGUCACUGCUGUGCUGAAGCCACUGUAUCUGAAGAAGGAUGUGACAAAGGAGGAAUACACCGACAUCAACCGUGACGUCUCUCGUCUGCUUUACGAGAAGGUUGGUGAUGCUGGUGCUGCCGCCUUAGCCGACCAGGAGACACGAGAGAAGUGGCAGCGCAUGGCCGGUGAUGAGGUCGAUAACGCCAUCAAAGGCUUGCGGACUGCUGUCGCAUUAUCACCGGCGGCUGAGGACUCUGCCUCGUCUUCAUCGUGAUGACACACUGUACUUUCCUUGCUCUUUUAGCUUUGGGUAAUGGCGUAAAGGUGACAUUGAGAUACCAUGGGAUAAGGCGUUAUUAUACCGUAGAUAAUGUUUUACCAGGACUGAAGAUGAAGUAAGGUGUCAAACAGCUCGAGAGCUCACGAGCUCAUUCAUAACCUUAUCCCCUCGAUACCUACCGGUGCCGCGAGAGUAUGACUUCCACCCUGGCUGCAAGGCGUUGCCAAGGCCCCAGGCGGCACAACAGAGCCUGCUCACAGCGACCUUGAAUGACAGGAAAGCGGGGAUUCUGCUUUCUGAUCUCCCGCCGCUUUUCGUAGACAUUAUCAGAUGUGCACUUUUACUCAACAUCUGGUUUAUCUAGAUUGACCGAGUAUGUAUCAUACAGGAUGACAGAGCAGAUUAGAGUGCGCAGGCCCCAAAGAUGGGCCAAUACUGUGGCACUGUCACCCUUUGCACUAAUGCAGCAGCGGC